AUGAGUCUAAAGGAACCGGAGAAUCGAUUCCCAAAAGACACAGAAGAUGAGGAAAGUGUCGUAAAGAGCGAUGAAGACAGUGACGGCGUCGACGACGAGCAGGAUUAUUCAGUAGGGGACACAAAGGGUGACGCUGCUAAGGAUGAAAACGGUGCGGGUGACGAAGGAGAUGAUGGAGAAGAGGAGGAGGAAGUGGGACUGUCGUAUCUGUACACGAAUUUCGAGGACGACGACAACGAUGAGGACUUCAAGGUGGACGCCACUGCACAAGACGACGACAAUGACGAAGAGGAGGAAGAAGAGGACGCUUUUUCUGCAGCAGAGGAUGACGGUGAUGGCGUGCACUUUACAAUAGAAAACAAGGAGAGUGAUGAAUCCGAUGACGAUGUUGAUGAGGAUGACACAGUGGGAAACAAAGAAGCUCAAGAUGAGGAUGCCCCGCCAGCGAAGAAGCAAAAGAACUAG